AUGGCCAAGCCAGAGAAGGCAGGGAACCGUCGCUCCAGCCGCAACAGGACACAGGUCAGCUACCUGGAGCUGGACGAUGUGGACAACAUCAGUCCAGAGAUCGAUGUGGUGAAACUAAGGAAUCUCAUAAUGCAAGGAGAAUUUGAGCCGCUUGGGGAUGCCAUACUGCCAGCGGAUCUGACGAUGACAGAACUGCGGCGGACAGGCUUCCGUAAGCCGUAUCUUGUUGCACAAGGAAGGGAUGUUGAGGAGACGCGGAAGGCGCUGGGCAUUCGCCUCCCACCCUUUGAGCUAACAACACAUACCAUCGCGGAGAACGUGGGCUAUGAGUACCCUGUGAACAUAGUGGAUGUUGCGACACAGGGGGCUGGGCCAAAGUGGACUCUGGGACAGUGGCGAGAGUACUUCUACAAACCGGCCAAGCAGCGCGGUCGCUUGCUCAACGUUGUGAGUCUUGAGCUGUCAGGGAGCAAGCUCGCCAAGAUGGUCGCGCCGCCCACGGUGGUUUGCCAAUUGGACUUGGUCAACAGGGUGUGGCCCCAGGACGAUCCUGACAAACCACAGGUGCUCCUGUAUGCGUUGAUGGGAGUUGCUGGCUGUGUCACUGACUUCCACGUCGACUUUGGUGGUUCGUCCGUGUGGUACCACAUGGUGUCUGGCAAAAAGGUGUUUCUGCUGGUGCCACCCACAGAUGGCAACAUGGAGCUGUUUGAAAACUGGUCUUCUGGCGAAGAACAGCUGUCAGUCUUCUAUGGCAAUCUGGCUGAGGGUGUGAUGAGAGUGGAGUUGCAGGCUGGUGACACGAUGCUGAUUCCAUCUGGUUGGCCCCACGCUGUUGCAACACCUGUGGACUCUGCAAUUUUCUGCACGGGCUUGACAUAUCCCACCAGUUGCUCGUCUGGAAGCUGGAGGAGCGACUGGGCAUCAGACAGGUAUUCAGGUUUCCCCUAUACAAGACAACAAUGUGGCACACAGCGAGGCACUACUUGGAGGAGAUCAAGGCAGGGAGCAGGAGUGGCAAAGGUGGCCUGA